AGUCUGUCUCCGCGGGUGGGUGCGUGUGUGGGGCUCGGCCGUGCGUGGCCGGAAGCGGCGCCUGUGGCCGUGGGCAGGGAGGUCGGUGCCAUCCGCAGCGCAUCUACCGCAGCCGCGCGGGGCGAAGGUGCCAACUAGGAGAAUGGAUGAUGAUGAUUUUGGAGGUUUUGAGGCAGCAGAAACCUUUGAAGGUGGAGAUGGUGAAACACAGACUACAUCUCCUGCUAUUCCUUGGGCAGCGUUUCCCACAGUAACUGAAGUCCAUGUACCUCAAAAUGUCUCUUCUGAUGUUCUGCUGGAGCAUUCUUUACCUUCUGCUUGCCUUGUUCCUUCUGAAUCCUUCAUUUUAUCAAGUGAUAAUGUAGUGACAGCUGUUCAAACAGGCAACAGCAUUUUAAAUCCAGCUGUUAUUAAAGAACAGGUUAGGUUAUCAACUGGUUCUUCCUUGGAUAUCCCAAUUCCCUCUUUGAGUUUACCUGGUGAAAAGCCUUUAGUAAUAUCAACCAUCUCUGUAGAUGAUGAACAGCGGGAGGGGUCAAAUGGAUCAAAGAGCUGCCUUCAACAAACAGUUGCAAGCCUAGAGACUAAACUCAAAGUUGCUGAAGAAGAAAAAUGCAGAAUUAAAAAGGAGUUAGAAGAUUUGAUGGAAAAACACAGUGUCCUAGAAAUCAGUUUCCUGAAAGAUAAAGAAGAUAUAUUCAUCUCGCACCAAGAUCAUUACAAAGAGCUCCAGGGGAUGUCUUUGCCACUUACUUAUUCCGAAGCUGACUUCAUUCUGCCUGUUUUAGCUAACUGUAUUCCAAUUGUGGCAAAAAAGUAA